AUGGCAUCUGAUGCCAUCACACAGUGUCACAGUUGUCAUGAUUGUGGCAGGAGCUUUGCUUGUUCUCCCGUCCAUUGCAUACAUCUAUCUAUCGUCGUUGAAAGAAUUGAACUGUGUCGCUGUUAUCUUCUGUCAGUCAGCUCCAUGAUGAUGAUGACGACGAUUGGGAUAGCGAUGGCGUUGGUAAUGUUUGUUGGUAACAAAAUGUUGAUGACAACAAUGGUGAUGACGAUGACGAUGAUGACGAAGAUGAUGAUGAUGAUCAUACAAGUUUGCAUUGAUGAAGAUGGCAGACGAAAGGCAUCGAAAUAA